AUGUGUGGUCCUACUCGUCCUAGCUCCGGCGGCCGUAUCGCCGUCCUCUUUCCAGCUUCUUCUUCCGCGGCCAACUCCUACUCUGUCCUCUUCCAUAACAGCAAAGAAAACACACAAGCUACCUUUCGCGCCGACAAUAACGACAUAGAAUCUCUCGCUGCGCUCCGGGAUUGUUCUGCAAUUGACUUGCGGAUAGAGAAAUACGGAGAUCUCACAUCCUCACCGACAUUAACAUCGACACCGCUGCAUGUCUUCCGCCUGAGACCUCAACCCGGGGCAUCCAAAAUGGAGAUGGAGUGCGAGUUACCCGAACGGUUGGACCUAGGGAUUUCAGAGACAGGAAUUGUAGGGAGGCAGGUUACGGUUGUUGCGAAUGGGAGGAUGGGGAUGGGGGUUGUUGGAUAUGAUUAA